AUGUUGAAUCUGCAGACAGCAGCGCAAGCGCAUGCAUUGCUCCAGAGUGCACUAUUCUCACAACCGGCUCUCAAGUAUUAUGAUGCGAAUUCCGAUGGAUUCUUCUAUGAGAUGGCUUCUGUUGAUGGAUGGAAACGUCGUCAACCAAAUAAGCCAGUUCAUCAAACUCUAUCGAAUGGUCUGAAUAAUGCAUCAGCUACGACAGAAGCUGGAACACCAACUCGACCCAGCUAUGGUGCCACUUUAGCCCGAGGACAAAUUCCCCGUCAUCAUUGUGUACUCGAUGAUAGCAGUGCGUCGUCGUCUGUCAGUGAAGAUACAAGCCUUCAGGAUGUGUUCGGUCUUGACACGGCCUUCAGUGGAUUGAGGAUGGGUUGCGAUAGCCCGUUCCGACCUCUGAACACGAACACCAGUGCUACAACUACCAGCACGGCUGCCGCUGCUACCACUAGCAAUAGUAGCACCAGUUCGACUACAGCGACGUCGGUCUCGCGACCUGAAUCACUCUUGCUUAGCGAUCAGAUUCUGCCUGGAUUCAACGCUGACAAAUUUAUUCAAGAACUAUCAUUCUCUGGCCUUGACCCUUCCAAGGUUCUCGGCUCUGUGUCGCGUACGCCAGCUGAUCCAUGGGCGUCGCGAUGUGGCGGUUGGACGAUGCCGCCGUUCGACAAGCCGACGACGACGACCACAACGUCGUCGUUCAUGGAAGACGACGACAAUUCAUCCAUGCUUCUCAAGGACCUUGAGAAGAUCUGGGCGACGCCAGUUGGAGGAUUGAACGCGUGA